CCCUUCUGUUUAAUUCUCUCUCUUUCUGUUUCCUCCUCCUCCAUGGGAGAAGAAGGCUCACAGAAUUCCUACUCCGUCGCUGUCAAUAGCUCGGCCGGCAGGGUUGCCCCCGCCGACGCCGGCGCUGCCUUCGUCCUCGAAUCCAAAGGAAGCUGGUGGCAUGCCGGAUUCCACCUCACGACGGCCAUCGUGGGCCCGACGAUUCUGACGCUGCCCUAUGCCUUUCGGGGUCUCGGCUGGGGCCUAGGACUGGCGUCUCUCACGGCUGUUGGCGCCGUCACUUUCUACGCUUAUACUCUCAUGUCCAAGGUCCUUGACCACUGCGAGAAGCAAGGACGGCGGCACAUCCGAUUCCGAGAGCUCACCGCCGAUCUAUUAGGAUCUGGUUGGAUAUUCUACCUUGUGGUUUUCUUUCAGUCGGCAGUUAACACUGGAAUAAGCAUCGGAUGCAUUUUGCUCGCUGGACAAUGCCUCAAGACCAUGUACUCCAAUCUAUCUCCUGAUGGUCCCUUGAGGUUGUAUCAUUUUAUCAUCAUGGUGACGGUUGUGUUGAUACUUCUAUCUCAGCUACCUUCUUUCCAUUCCCUUCGGCAUAUCAACCUUGCCUCUGUAAUUUUAAGCUUGGCAUAUAGUGGUCUCGUCACGGGGGGCUGUAUUUAUGCAGGUUACUCCAAAAAUGCACCUGAAAAAGACUAUUCGUUGGGCUCCUCAAAUGUUCAGCGUACAUACGAGGCUUUCACAUCCAUCUCUAUUUUGGCCUCUCUUUAUGGAAAUGGGAUAUUGCCAGAAAUUCAGGCUACCUUGGCGCCACCAGCUACUGGUAAGAUGGUGAAAGGCCUGAUGAUGUGUUACACAGUUGCUUUCUUCUCAUUCUACUCGACUGCAGUGUCUGGUUACUGGGCAUUCGGGAACAUAGUAAACUCCAAUGUUCUUAACAGCUUAUUGCCAGACUCUGGACCUUCCUUGGCCCCUACAUGGUUACUUGCCCUUGGAGUCAUCUGCGUGCUCCUUCAGUUAUUUGCUAUUGGCUUGGUGUACUCCCAAGUUGCGUAUGAGAUAUUGGAGAAGAACACAGCUGACAUCGAGCAAAGCAAGUUCUCAAAGAGAAACCUUGUACCUCGGUUGAUUGUCAGAACUAUCUACAUGGUUUUGUGCGCAUUCAUAGCUGCAAUGCUUCCAUUCUUCGGGGACAUUGUUGCUGUUGUAGGCGCGAUCGGUUUCAUUCCUCUGGAUUUCAUUCUCCCCAUGCUGCUAUACAACAUCACCAUUGGCACUUCAAAACGCUCGGCAGUGCACUGGCUCAACAUCUUCAUCAUGAUUGUCUUCACUGGAGUGGGUGUUAUGGGCGCAUUCGCAUCUAUCAGGAAGAUGGUUCUUGAUGCCCACCAUUUCAAGCUAUUCAGCAAUGAUGUAGUGAAUUGAUGAGGAAUAAAACUUCAAGUGUACAUUAAUCAGGAAAGCUCACAGCCCCAGUUCUGCCUUCUCAAUUGUUUGCAAUUAAAAUUGGAGCUGUGAAUAAUUGUUGAGAUAACUAUUAUAUGGAC